GUCGCAGCAGGCAUGCUCGCUGUAGAGUGGAAACAUGGCGGAUAGAGUGACUUGGGUUUUUUGCUUACUUGUCAUCUGUUUUGUGAGUUCCUUGGCAGAGGAAGCUGAAAAUUUAUCAGGGAAUGACUCAGUUGAAGAUGAAAAAAUGGUUGACGAAAACAGCGUUUCAGGAGGAGAAAAUGACACCAUCUUGGAAAUAUUCAAUAUAAAUGAAACAUCAAGCAAAACGGAGGUUAUAGCUGCAAAUGAAACGGAGUUAAAUGAAAGUCUGCCUCAAACUGAAAACACCACGGAACAUAAAAUUGAAGUCGUCAACUCUACAACCACUCCAAAAUGGUUUUGUAAGGGAAGGAACAAUUCACAACAUAAUGACUCCCUACCACAGAGUGUGGCCAUAGUUGAUGCAGAGGAGUUGCUCAAGAUAAUUAAUUCGACGUCAGAUAAUAAUACUGAUGCUUGUGCAGUUGUUUUGUUUUUCACCCAGUAUUGUCCAUUUAGUGCAAAACUUGCCCCGAUGUAUAACGCUCUGGGACGAGUGUACAAUAAUUUACCCAUUCUAGCAGUGGAUGCUUACAAACAACAUAGUCUGAAUACUCGUUUUGGAGUGGUUGCUGUUCCCACCAUCUUGUUGUUUCACUCUGGAAAACCUGUGUUGAAAUUCAAUAAUUCAAUAACCCUGGAUGAUCUAAGAAUGUUUGUCAAGAACAACACUGGUAUUGAGGGCAACUUCAGUGUGGAGAUCUCAGAGGAAGAUUACAUUGGUCCAGUGAUAAACAAACCAACUGAAGAAACAGACUACUAUUUAAUAUUCUCUUCUCUGUUCCUUUUGAUGUUUGGUGCAUUUAUGUUUGCCAAGUCAAGCUAUCAGGAAUUGCUUUGGGACAGAAUACAAGCAAUUCCUUGGCGGAGAUUUGUUCAGUGGUUUAGAAGAGAUAAACAAGACUAGGGAAACUUUCUGUUUGUCAGGCAGGCCAGGUGAACAUGUCAGCUGUGUGUAGGUAGGAACAUGUCAGUUUUAAGAUCGGACAGUACCAGUCAUGGUCAAACUAAUCCAAUCUUUUGAGAAAGGCUAGUCACUUUUUAUGCCUGUGCACAAAAUACUUGCUUGCCCAGUACUGGAAAUGGUGGUGCAAAUGGAAUUUUCUAUUGUUCUGGUAUUGAAAAUGCAAGAGAGCACAACUCCCAUGCCUUUACACACAAUGAAUGGAAUUCUUAAUUCCAUCUAGUCUAACACUUUAAAUAACCAGAUCAUUCCUUUUUGACCAGAUCUGAUCAAUGGGAAGUGCCAUGGCAAACAAGCACUUGAAUUCAAAAUAACACACAUUUAUUUAUUUCAAUCCUUUGAGGAUAUCAUAAUCUCCUUUGCAAUUUUUGUUCAGUGUGAUGACACAACAUUUGCUCUUCUCAUUGGCCAAAGUUGUGUAUUGUGACCAAACAAAGACUGCAAAGGAGACCAAGGAUUUUACUGGUAGAAAAUUAUGGUACAUUUAAGAUCUAAUUGGACAGAAGUGAAAGUGAAAUGGAUGGGGAAAUCAGGAAAGCAAAGUAUUUUUUACAGAAGAGGAAUAAGAUAAUUUCUUGAGAGGAAAUAUAAACUAGAUUUGAAUUUUUGGCUCUAUUACUGUCUUGCCAAACUAAAAAUUUGCUAUUUUUCAUUUGUAAUAAAUAAGUUUCUUUCUUGAUUCUGAUUUCUAUUGAUUGUCUGGAUCAUCUUGACCAGGACAAGUAAAUGGAAACCAGGCCAAAGUAUAAUGCUGAAACAAGUUCUGGUGACAGGAUAGUUGUCAAUAAUGUGCAUACUGUUGUCAUAAUUUUGUUAAAUUAUUAAUAGUUUCCAUAAUUAUUUAUUGGCUAAGAUAACAAGGUAAUGAAUAUUUGGGGUUUGUUAGCAAUAUAUUGAUGAAAAAUAA